AUGGGAAACUCUGCGGAGACUCUGAAUGAGAAGAGGGACGAGGUGGACGUUAUGGCGAACGACCCGGAUUUUAAAGCUGUCGAGGAGGGCGACCAGGUGCCGAUAGACAAACCAAAGGAACAACAAGCGAAUGGACAGGAUCCGUUUCUAGUGCUUUGGGAGGGCCAUGGAGAUCCAGGGUGCCCAAAGGGCAUGAAAAAGAGAACCAAAUGGAUUAUUACGCUCAUUGUGGCGGCGGGUGCGUUUAAUACCACGUGUGCAAGUUCCAUAUAUACCUCCACGUACAGCCAAAUAGAAAAGGAAUUUGGCAGCUCGCACGAACUCGCAAUCGCUGGCCUAUCACUCUUCGUCAUGGGACUUGGUGUAGGACCAAUGUUCCUGGCUCCGCUCAGCGAGUUCUACGGCCGACGUCCGAUAUACAUAAUUUCUUUCGCUUGCUAUAUUCUUUUUCUCAUCCCCUGCGCAGCAGCGCAGAAUAUCACUACGCUUCUUGUUGGCCGCUUCUUGGAUGGCGUGGCAGGAAGUGCGUUUUUGAGCGUUGCAGGUGGUACCGUUGGCGACAUGUUUGAAGGGGGCGACCUAGGCCUGCCUAUGAUGGUUUACACCGCUUCACCUUUCAUCGGACCCGAGGUGGGACCGCUGAUCGGUGGGUUUAUCAACGAAAAUACCAAUUGGCGCUGGACUUGGUAUGUCAUGAUUAUAUGGUCUUUUGUGCAGUGGAUUCUAUUAUGCUUGAUCCCCGAGACCUAUAACCCGAUUCUGCUGCAGCGCAAGGCAGCCAAAAUCCGCAGGGAGACAGGAGACGACAGGUAUUAUGCACCGUACGACAAGCGGACGGACGGCAUUCUCAAGACCGUGCUGGCUUUCGGGUUCAUCUUUAGGGGCACAUACGGCUUUACCCUGUCGCAACUCGGGUUGUCGUUCUUGGGGUUGUUCGUCGGAAUGCUGAUGGGUGUGAUGACCGAUCCGAUUUGGAGACGGACAUAUGCGAAUCUAGUGGCUAAAAGGGGGGAAUCAAUACCAGAGUUUCGACUAACGCCAGGAAUAUUAGGAGGGGUUUUGGUGCCUGUGGGGAUGUUUUGGUUUGGUUGGACGACAUAUAAGAGUGUUCAUUGGAUUGUUCCGAUUAUCGGGAGUACGGUUUUCGGAAUGGGAACGCUUCUGGUUUACUCUGCUGUCUUUGCAUUCUUAGUAGAUUGUUAUCCACUUUACGCGGCCAGUGCUAUGGCGGCGAAUAGCUUCUCCCGCAGUUGUUUUGCGGCCGGUUUCCCCCUGUUCUCUACACAGAUGUAUCAAACCCUUGGAGCACAAUAUGCCACAUUGAUACUAGCAUUAUUGACGGUUUUGAUGGCGCCCUUCCCGUUCCUUUUCUUUAAAUAUGGAGAAAAGUUGAGGAAACAUAGCCGAUAUGCGAAGAGUCCGUAG